AUGUACCACCAAACUCAUCGACAUCAGCACAGGGCCUUCCGGGGCACGCAUCUUGGGAGAGAUGUGUUGUCACUACGGCCGGACAUUGUGCCUCGCGAUCGUCUUCGCUUCCUUGCUGCUUCUCCCGCACCAACUUUGCUGAGAAGAGACCCUGCACCGUCUGUCGCUACUGCCACUGCGACCUCAACUUGUGGUGGUAACAGCUGUGAAAAAAGCACGAGCACAAUGAUGACCACAACCUUGCCGGUUGUCCUCGGUGUAGUGAUCCCCGUCGUGUGUGCUAUCGCGGUCCUGCUUUACUUCCACCGCAAGAACGUGAAAAAGCUUCGAAACGAGGAUGCCAACGACAAGCAUAAAUCUCUCGAUUUCGGCUUAGACCUGACACCCACCGGGACGAAACCCAUGCAACAAGCCGAGAAGACUAAUGGUGCCCAUGCCAAGGGAGUGUCCCUAGACAUAGGGCCAAGUCCAUACCUCCUCCCGCCUGGACUACACAAUUCGCGAGAAUCUUUGCAAUCCUUAUCAAGAUCUAUGAUCGGCGAUGACGACAAGUAUCGACACGCAACCUCAUUUCUUGGGGACAAUGCAUCCUUGAGAUCCCAUUCCCGGGGUCCUCAGGACGAUGCGUCCAGUUUUGCCGGAUCAACUCGAAGGGGACCCCUAGGCGACGAUAUGAACCAAGGACUGCUUCGCAAUGCUCAACGAAUGUCUCGCUCAUCCCCGCCGCUCUACGAUCAUCCUGAAAGCGACCGUAACACCGAAAGCCCGUCAAGUCCAAUUCAGAAUCCACAAGCCCAAAUCCAUGUAGAUCUCUCAAAAGGUCCAAAUUCUGUUCAUGUGUCAGGUGUCGCUGUUGAACAACCGGCCUCCAGUAGUGGUCAUGUCAAACCCAGUCCAUCGAUUGGCAGCUCGAAUAAUGACCCUCCUUCGCUGAUCUUGCCCUCCGCGCCUUUGGAGCAGUCACAAGAUCCGGAAUUGUUUCUGCCUAGCAGUAGUGUUGCCCAGCAAGAAGGGUCGAACUCUGCUCAGGAUGCGCCUGCCCCGCUGCACGCUUCAAUUCCCAUCAUAACAACUCCGCACGUUGCGCAGAUUACAUCGACUCCUACCCCUCGGAUAUCACUCCCAGUGAGCGAUGCGGCUAGUGAUUACGGAGACGCAGAGUCCAGUCAUGCGAUCCCGUCAGUCGAUGUGCAUGGCGUGACAGGAUAUGGUACUCACAGCAGCCCCGAGGAUGUGGCUUAUCCUUUCCAGGGUCAUGACGCGUCGGAUCGAGUCCAGAAUGCUAGUCUUGACCACCGCCGCGACACGCGCCGGCUGACUUUCGGUCUUCGACCUUUGCCGCCAGAGGACCCUUCUGAUAACCCUGAACAGCGUGCCAAUCGUAUUCGGUCAUUCUACAAGGAGUACUUCGAUGAAAGUCGUACUGGACGCGACACUUACUACGGAGGAGCUGGCCCUGAAGCCUUUGCUGAGGGCGGGUAUGUUUAUGAUCCUUCCACCGGAGAGCAUUUCAGUCCUGUCCCUGCACCAUUCGCGGAGCCAGUCACCCGCCGUGCCAUGACACCGCCACCCCGUGCACCUCCGCGCUUUCAAGGUGCCGCUCAUCACAUGGCCACUGGCUCAGACGGUGGCUUCGGUGAUAGAUUCAAUUCUCCUGGCCUGCGUGCAUUUUCAUCCGCCUCUGGCCGCUUACCAGGUCCGCCCAAGCCCCGAAAGCCGGCGCCGCCACCAUCGCCACUUCAGAUCCUCCCCACGCCCCAUAUGCUGAAAGACGAAUCUAUAAUGACGGCGAUUGAUUAUGCCCCCAGCAAGAACUACAAGGAUUUGAGGGAAGGCCGACCAGACACGCCUUUAGGUGGCCUUCAGCCCUUCAGCCCGUUGACCCCAGCGCGUUCUCCUCUCGUCUCAGCCUUUGACGAUCUAUCGCCCUUACCUAGCGCGCACGCUUUGCGAAAGUCUGGUGCUUACGACACUCUGGACUUUGCACCCCCGCCGCGAUUCAAGAACACCGAUGCCGGCAGCGAUGCCGGCAGCAUCCGCAGCAACCAUACCGGAAUCUCGUCAGCCCAUCUCCACAAUAUCCGCAGUGGCGCAUAUCGCGUCAGCCGCCUACCCCCAGGCACCGUGGGCACCAAGGAUGAUUUGAUAUCAAACCUUCGCCCUAAAUGGGAUAUGCAGCAAUAG